GGAUUAAAAAUGGCAAAACUCAAAUGUUUAAUUCCAAGGUUGUUGUAAAAUGAGCCUACUUUCUUCAAUGUUGACUGCAAUAGCUAGUUUACGCAUAUAUAGUGUGGAUAUGACUAAAUGCAAACAAAGAGUUAAUCUUAAUUAGAGCUUAAAUUAUGCGAUUUGCCACAGAUUCAGCUUUGCUUCUUCUCUUUAUUUUAGUGGACUUUUUCUUUGGACAAGAUUGUGAUUAUUCCCGACUUUACAUAUCAAGUUUUUGUAACCAACUUACCAAAAACAGAUUUAGGAAACACUAUGACAGUAAUCAACAUGACAGUUCCAGAGAGAAUUUGGGCUACAGAGGUAAAAUGGUCAGUGAAAAAAUCUAAGGAUGAUAUCUUGGUGAUGACCAUAGAAUUUGAGCCAGGAGAGUUUUCUGACCAAUACAAAGUGUCCAUCUGCAGUCCUGACUUUCACCCGGAAACAUCUCAGGACAUCAUAAGGGAUAAUGGGACAUUAAUGAUGGUUAAAUUCACUCUGGAAGCCUGGAAGAUAAAGCACUGCAAUUUGGAACUGGUGAUUCAGCCACUGUCAGUUAAAAGCAUGAAGAACUGUCUGGAUUACAGAGAGAACGUUGAUAUCUGUCCCUUUCUUCCAGAUACGCCGGUUGUUUUGAUUAGUUUGCUGACCCUUGGGCUGUUGAUAGUGAUGCUGGCAACUGUUUGUUGCUGUAUUGCAUUUUUGCAGAAACGGAAUUCACACAAAGAAACCCCAUCCUCAGACACCUCCACCUGUGCAAAGAGUAAACUGGAGAUGAAUCCUGUUCAGCAGGAACAUAAGAAGCUCAUCAUCAUCUACUCUCUAGAUCAUCCCCUGUACAAAGAGAUCGUCUUGAAGUUAUGUGCCUUCCUCAGGGCUAAAUGUGGCACAGACGUCACACUGGAUCUUCUGGACUCCACCUGGCUCAGCACAAUCGGCAGAAUUCAAUGGCUGGAUAUGCAAAGGGAACGAAUCGCCAAGUCCUCUGAUAAAGUCCUGAUUCUGUGCUCUCCGGGAGUGUAUGCGAAGUGGAAGUCAAUGUGCGGUAAACACCAAGUAAGACUAAAAGAGGACGAACGUUCACCAAUGGGAGAUAUGCUCACUCCAGCUUUGAGCCUCAUUAUACCGGAUUUUAUUCACGCUUCAUCUUUCAACAAAUACAUGGUGGCUUAUUUUGAUGAUGUUUGCAGCGAGGUUGAUGUUCCAGCACCUUUUAAUGUUCUGGUGAAGUACAAGCUCAUGAACCACUUUGAGGAACUUUACUUCCGGAUCCUAGACAUGGAAAAACACGAGCCAGGACGGAUUAAAUGCAUUGAAGGCAUUAGGGAGAAUGAUUACUUCUGCUGUCCGUCAGGACGAGCCCUUCGGGAUGCAAUUGAGGUGUUUCGAAAUUACCAGGUGAAGAAUCCAAACUGGUUUGAAAUGGAGCUUCUGGACUCUGAUGAUGAAGAUGAAAGCAUCAUGGAGUCGAUGUUUCCAAAGGAUGUUAAAUGUAAUCCUUAUCAGCUAGUUGAAAAUUAUAAACCUCAUGCGUUUGUCAACGUGAUUCAGAUUGAUGAAGACGUUUUUAAAAAUGCUUCCAUUGCAGAGACAGCCAUAAUAUUGAGUGAGCAUUCUUCAGUUUCCACUACAGGUGUUCAUUCUAGGGGUCCAGGAUUGAGUAGCUUGACAACUAUUGAUGUGAAAGGUUUGGCAGCAACUAAACCUGUGGCACAGCAUGCUUUAUGCUUACAGGCUCUGUGAAUGCCUCUAAAUUUGUAGCUGUAAAUAAUCAGUCAUGUUCAGGCUUAAAGCAUUACAAGUUUUCUAAUCAGGUUACAUUUUCACAUAAUACUAAAGUAAUCCAUUAAUUUUCAUUUAAAAAAAAUCUGUUUUUCCAAAAAA